AUGGACCUGCGGCGCAACCUCUCCGGACUCGCCACCGUGGGCGCCACCGCCCCCUUCGUGGGUCUGCUGGGAACCGUGCUCGGCAUCAUCACCGCGUUCCGCGGGAUGGCACUGACCGGGUCCGGCGGAAUCGGAGCGGUGUCGGCCGGAAUCGCGGAGGCGCUUAUCGCGACCGCGUUCGGGCUCUUCGUUGCCAUUCCGGCCGUGUGGGCGUUCAACUACCUCACGAACCGGGCGGACGGCUUCGGCGUCGAGAUGGACAACGGCGCCUCCGAACUGAUCGACUUCAUGGCGCGCCGCUAA